AGAUUGGGUUCUAGUACAGCUCACACUGGAGCAUACCCACUCAAGCGCACCGGUCUGUUCAAAAAAAGUUCAGUGAAAACAACAGUGGUAGCAAGUGUUGUUAUGAUCUACUGAUCCACUGUUUAAAUGGCCCAUUUUACAAUUAACCAAUAUCUCGAUGAGGUCUCUAAUGCCUGGAACAGCAGAAAUAAUGUCAAGUUGUCUAAUGUACUGUCCUUACGGCAUGCCCAUGCAUUAAGUUCAAAGCUUCAAAUUCCAGCAGGAACAAGGGAAGUUGAAAGGCUUCGUCUGUCGCCACUAGAUGAAGUGGUUGUAGCUCACCUAAGAGUGAUUUGGGCUUUAAAUGUACCUGACUAUGCUGAAGCUUACCGUUGUCAAUCAGCUUUGGUUCUCACCUUUGCCCGCAUGUUGCAAUCAUGUCGAGAUGACAAUUGGUUGCUGAAAGCUAUGUUCACUGUAUGCCUUGAUCUGAGAUUGUUGGCCAUUCAAGCUGACAAACACAACUCGUCAAAAGGAUUUGGAAAAUCCAUAGAAGCUUUAGAGAAAGCUGCAGAAUGCUUGAUGGCAUGUUUCAGAGUUUGUGCAGCUGAUAACCGAGCUUCUAAUGAAGACACCAAGAAGUGGGGCAUGAUGUCCUUGGUCAACCAACUAUUCAAGGUUUAUUUUGGAAUCAACAAAUUAAAUCUUUGUAAGCCCCUCAUCAGAGCGAUAGAUUCCUCUCCACUUAAAGACCGUUUUCCUGUCAGCCAGCAAGUAACAUACAGAUACUAUGUGGGCCGUAAAGCUAUGUUUGACAGCAAUUACAAGUCAGCUGGUGACUAUCUCACUUAUGCAUUUGAAAGAUGUCAUAAACAAUCAAAGAGAAACAAGAGACUUAUUCUCAUCUAUUUGGUGCCCAUAAAAAUGAUCUUGGGAUACAUGCCACAGAGAAAUCUUCUUGAAAAGUAUGACCUCCUUCAAUUUUGGGACUUAGUUCAAGGAGUACAAUCAGGGGAUGUAAGACGUUUGAAUGUCGCAAUGCAGCACCACCAGAAGUUUUUUGUGCAAUGUGGUAUUUACCUUCUCUUAGAGAAAUUGAAAGUUAUUGCAUACCGCAACUUGUUUAAGAAAGUUUACCUGCUUUUGAGGACACAUCAAAUCCCUAUGGAUGCUCUUCUUUGCGCCCUGCGAAUGAUGGAUAUAGAAGACAUAGACUUAGCUGAAACACAGUGUAUUGUUGCCAACCUAAUCUACGAAGGCAAAAUCAAGGGCUACAUCUCACAUCAGCAUCAGAAGCUUGUGGUCAGCAAACAAAAUCCAUUUCCUCCUCUCAGUUCCUUGGAGUGAAGACAAUGUAUGCGUGUGGACAAGCAAACACAAGAUAAGGUGCAAUGGGGUGGAAAAAUAAAACUUCAACUAGAACCA